CAAUAUCUUCUCAGAUCACAAUUACCAUCCUACCUUCCAUCAUCCAUUUCUAAACAUCAACCAUCAUCAAAAAUGGUGUGCACUACCAUCCUCCGCCCCAACCACGUCGGCAUUACCGUGUCUUCUCUCGCCGACGCCCUUGCCUUCUGGAACGAGGCUCUCGGCCUCGAAAUCGUCACUCAGUACACGAGCCUAAGCACUGAACCAAAAGAUGAGCAGGUCGAGACACUGAUCGGUGUCAACGGUGCCAAAAUUAAGCUCGCCCAUGUGGCAAUCACCAAGGACUUCCUGGUGGAGCUCAUUGAAUACACCUCUGCCUCUGCCUCUGCCGAAGAAGGUGUGACAUUCAAUAGCAAGCCUAAUGUUUCGGGCGCCAUGCAUCUGAACGUGCAGGUGAAGGGCCUGGAUGGUAUCCUUGAGAAGGGAAAGAAGCUAGGAUGGAAUAUUCUCGAGGGGGCCGGCAUCAUUGAUGUUCCUGGUAAUGGGGAGAGUAAUCCGCCAUGCAGGGUUGUUCAUUUGCGGGGCCCUAACCAGGAGAUGUUGGAGUUGCUGGAGGUGAAGGAGGUCAAGGAGGUGCCGGUGGUGGAGGAAAUGCAGGACGUGCAGGAGACGCAGAAGGUGGAGGAGAUGCAGGACGUGCAGGAAAAGGAGGAAGUGCAGGAGGAGCAAAAGGUGCAAGAGGUGGAGGAAGUGAAGAAAGUGCAGAAGGUGGAGGAAGUGGAGGAAGUGCAGGACCAGAAGCCGAUGGACAAGGUGGAUGUGCUUGUGGAGGUGGAUGAUCAAGUCAAGAAGGGUGAUAAGACUAAGCCAAUUGAGCUUGAGUAGUUAACGGAUUGAUGUGAAUCAUCGUCGUGGCCUUGACAUGAUUUGAUGGUCUUUUCAGUGCGUUGGACAGUGGUCUUUACUGGGAUGUAUGGUUGUUAGUCUGUGAAGGAGAGCAGGAGG